AUGUCACAACAGUACGGAUACAACGGGAAGCAAAACCCGUACGACCAACGGGACGACAACUACGGCGGUGGUGGCUAUGAUCAGGGCGGCUAUGACAACCCUCCUCCCAGCUACAACAACGCCCCCUACGGCUCUGGUGGCCGUGGUGGUGGUUACCCGCAAGCUGAUAAUCUAGACGCUAACCUUGAAUCACCAGGCAAUGCAGUAGAGAUGGCUCCCUUGACGCAAAACGCCGGCGGCAUGGCCCGCGAAGACCCCAACGCGAUCCGCAACGAGUGCCGUGACAUCAGCAACAGCGUCCGCCAAGUCGAAAGCAACCUGGAACAGAUCAAAGUCCUUCAGUCCCGAGUCCUCAGCGAUGUCGACAGCUCUUCCUCCAGCCAGUCCAACCGCCAAUUGGACGCCCUGACCACCGAGACCAUGGCCACCUACCGUGCUCUCGCCGAGCGCGUGCGUGCCGUCAAGUCCAAACCCGAAGGCCGAAGUGCUAUGAACAGCGGCCACGUGGACCGAGUCGAUCGAGAGGUCAAGGCCGUCAUCACCAAGUACCAGACCGUCGAGUCCGAAUUCCAGGCCGCUGUCAAGCAACAGAUGGGCCGCCAGUACCGUAUUGUUCGGCCCGAAGCUACGGAAGAAGAGGUCCAGGCUGCGGUUGACGGCACGGGUAACAGCCAGAUCUUCAGCCAAGCCCUGAUGCAGAGCGACAGACAGGGCCGUGCUCGCGCGGCACUGAGCGCCGUCCAGGAUCGUCACAAGGAGCUGCUCAAGAUUGAACAGCAGAUGACGGAGCUGUUCCAGCUGAUGCAGGAUCUCGAUACCCUGGUCGUCCAGCAGGACGCUGCCAUUGUGCAGAUUGAGCAGAAGGGCGAGGAGAUUGUCGAUAACCUCGAUAAGGGUAACGAGGAGAUUGCGGUGGCUGUCACAACCGCCAGAGCUACCCGGAAGAAGAAGUGGAUUUGCCUCGGUAUUGUUGUUGCCAUCAUCGCCAUUGUUGUCAUCAUCGUUCUCAUCUACGUCUUCGUCAUCCGAGGAGGCAGCAGCAACAACAACAACAGCAAGCGAGCUCUGCUGGAAGAAAUUGCCGUGCCUGCUGUUCGUCUCAGCACGCGCAUGCCCAUUAACGCCGAUUUGGCCGCGAGGAUUGGCCGCAUAGCACACGGAAGACCUCACAUGCCCGUCGCACUUGGGCAGUAGAUGGUUCAUCCAACAGGAGAGGGCUACCAACGACGAAGUGACCUCAAGGAAGGAAAG